AGCUAAGCUCAGAGAAGAGCAGAGCAUUGUGGGAAAUGGAGUUUUCUGUUCCUACAAUAGUAAUCUCUUCCUGGAACACACACACGGUCUACACUGAAUAGAGAGGCUAUGAGGAGGACCAACCCUCCACCAAGCCAUGGCGUCUUCUCAUCUGAAAGUGUUGCUGGAAUGUUCCAUCUGCCGUGCGGUUUAUACGGACCCCGUCAGCCUGAAAUGUGGACACAGCUUCUGCUGGGACUGUAUUCAUUGCUGGCUGGAUACACAGGAGGGGUCCGGAAGUUACUCCUGUCCGGAAUGUAGAGAUGAGUUCCUCAGACGGCCUUCACUGAGGAGGAACGUAACGUUGCAUAACGUAGUGGAGAGUGUCAUGUCUGCUGAGCCCGGUGAGGAGGACACCGGGGUCUCCUGUAUUCACACUCCAGUACCUGCUGUUAGAUCCUGUCUACAUUGUGAAGCUUCUCUGAGUGACGAUCACCGGAGAGUUCAGUCGUCCAGGCCACGCCCCCAACCUACCUCCACAUUACAGCGCUCAUACCACCCUGCUGGAGGACCAAACGUUGGGGCUGUACAGCAACCACAGAGGCUGUCGGUGUUUGCGGAUAUCUUACUGGACGUGGGCACAGCCGGUAACCGUCUACAAAUAUCAGAAGAUUUGAAAACGAUCACCUCGUUGGAUGAGAACCUGGAUCGUCUAGAAACGCCCGAGAGAUUUCAGAGUCCUCAGGUGUUGAGCAGUCAGACUUUCUCCUCGGGGCGACAUUACUGGGACGUGGACGUGGAAGAAUCGGGGUACUGGAGAAUCGGGAUGUGUUACCCCAGUAUAGGCAGGAGGGGAGAUCAGUCGGAGGUUGGAUACAAUAGAAAGUCCUGGUGUUUGAAGGGAAAGUGGGUCAGUGAGUAUUCGGUGAUGCAUAACGGCUAUAAGAUCCCGGUCCCCGUGCCUUUGGAUGACUCCAUUUACAAAAUCAGGAUCGAUCUGGAUUAUGAGGCCGGGAGGAUCUCCUUUUAUGAUCUGUGUGACCCGAUCCGACACCUCCACACCUUCACCACCACCUUCACCGAGCCCCUCCAUGCUGCCUUAUAUAUUUUGGAAGGUUCUACAAAGAUAUGUGGGGGGAAUCAGAUGUGAGAAAUCUGCCCAGAGACUGGUGACAUCACAGGGCGGAGAAUCUGAUUGCAAUACUCAGCCAAUGGGAGGAAACAUGGGACAAGAAACAACACUACUAAUAUUUAGUGUUCUGUAAUGAUGAAGACGUUGUGUAGCUUCUCCAAGCCACUACUUCAGCUCCACAAAUGUCGGGAAGAUACCCCAUCUAUUAUAGGAACACCUGAGGGCCCAUUGACCCAACGUUGGCCUUGUGAGCCCAUUGGCCCAACGUUGGCCUUGUGAGCCCAUUGGCCUUGUGGUCUCAUUGACCCAAAACAGCCUUGUGGGCUCAUUGACUCAACACUGGCCUUGUGAGCCCACUGACCCAACGUUGGCCUUGUGGGCUCAUUGACCCAAAACAGCCUUGUGGGCUCAUUGAUUCAACACUGGCCUUGUGAGCCCAUUGACCCAACGUUGGCCUUGUGGGCCCAUUGGCCUUGUGGGCUCAUUGACUCAACACUGGCCUUGUGAGCCCAUUGACCCAACGUUGGCCUUGUGGGCCCAUUGGCCCAACGUUGGCCUUGUGAGCUCAUUGACCUAACAUGGCCUUGUGAUGUACAUGGUUGAAGAUGUGAAUUGUCAAAUCACAGAGAGAUGGUAGAACGGCAUUAUAUGUGGUAGUACGAUGAUGAAGAAGGCCCCCAACCGCUAUUCAAGGAUGGUUGUUCCAUUUGACAGAGAUUCAUUCUUGAGAGGACAACUGUUUUUCGAGAGUCAAGGCCAUCUACAUCACAAUAGAACUACCACCCCGAAACAUGGGUGAGGGCCUUUUCGACACCUUCUUCCCCGUCCUGCUCUUGGUAAGCUAAAGAACGUCUUCAACACGACAGGACAAGUCCAGUUGAGUGCAGCUAAGUGUUGGAGAAUAAAAGGGACUGGGAAUCCUAAGCGAGGUCAGUGACCCCCGACCCCCCAAAAAAAUCUCCCAUAGACUUUCAUUGGGGUUCAGGUGCAAUGUUCGAGGUUUGCAGAAUUCCCGAGUUCAGCAAACGUCUAGUGAUCUGAAGUGUGGUAUGCUUAGUCAUCACUUGUUAUGUACGGGGGAGGGGCGAGGGGUUUAUAUCUGUUGACUAUCAAUGUUAUUUUUUACUUUCUAUAAUAAUAAAUGAUAAACAGAUGUCGGCAAAUCACUGAUUUA